AUGAAGAAGUAUCAGAUACAGAUUCCUCUACCUCCAAAAAUCGAUCAUCGUGUGACCAUGAUGACUGUCGAAGAGAAACCUGAUGUAACAUGCAAUGAUGUUGGUGGCUGCAAGGAGCAGAUUGAGAAGAUAAGAGCGGUCGUUGAACUUCCAAUGCUUCACCCGGAGAAGUUUGUGAAGCUUGGAAUAGAUCCUCCCAAGGGCGUUCUCUGCUACGGUCCUCCUGGUACCGGCAAAACCCUUCUCGCUAGAGCUGUUGCCAACAGAACCGAUGCUUGCUUUAUCAGGGUUAUUGGCAGUGAGCUUGUUCAGAAGUAUGUCGGCGAAGGAGCUAGGAUGGUUCGUGAACUGUUUCAGAUGGCACGGUCCAAAAAGGCUUGCAUUGUGUUCUUUGACGAAGUUGACGCCAUUGGCGGUGCUAGAUUUGAUGACGGCGUAGGAGGUGACAACGAAGUCCAGCGUACUAUGCUUGAGAUUGUGAAUCAGCUUGAUGGGUUUGACGCACGUGGUAACAUCAAGGUUCUUAUGGCAACAAACAGGCCUGACACGCUGGACCCUGCUCUUCUACGUCCUGGACGUCUUGACCGUAAGGUUGAGUUUGGGUUGCCUGAUCUGGAGAGCAGAACACAGAUCUUCAAGAUUCACACAAGAACCAUGAACUGCGAGAGAGACAUCCGUUUUGAGCUCCUUGCUCGCCUCUGCCCAAACUCAACUGGAGCUGAUAUCAGGAGUGUGUGCACUGAAGCUGGAAUGUAUGCAAUCAGAGCUAGGAGAAAGACGGUGACUGAGAAAGACUUUCUGGAUGCAGUGAACAAAGUCAUCAAAGGUUAUCAGAAGUUCAGUGCAACCCCCAAGUAUAUGCCCCAUUACGUUUAGAGAGAGAGAGAGAAA